CCAAAAAGUAUUUUACAGGAUGAAGAAAUAGUAAGUAUUAAUGUUGGGUUUGAGCUUUUGAUUUGCAGGGAAUAGAAGAUGUUGUAAGGAUCCAACAGACUGUGAUUGACUGUUUCGAAAAGGCAAGUCUUCCUAGUGUAAGUGAAGAAGAGAAGAAACUUCUGAGUUUUGUAUGUGUUGGCGGCGGUCCAGCUGGUGUGAAGUUUGCUGCAGAGCUUCAUGACUUUGUAAAAGAGGAUUUAGCCAAAUUAUACCCUUCAGUUACAGGAUACAUAAAAAUUACUGUGAUCGAGGCAAGCGAUCAUAUUUUAAACAGAUUUGACAAGAGAAUUACUUUAUUUGCUGAAGGGAAGUUCUUCCAAGACGGAAUUGAUGUAAAAACAGGUUCACUGGUCGUAAAAUUAACUGAUAAGGAAGUGUCCGCUAAAGAUAGAGACACCGGAAAAGUUUCAAAUAUACCUUAUGGGAUGGUUCUCUGGGCAACUGGUAUCGGGCCACGCCCCUGAAGUGGUUUCUUACAAUACGGUGUUGAACAAUUUGUGGAAGCUUGGGAAAUUCGAUGUGUGCUUGUUUUACUACAAGGAAAUGGGUGAAAAUGGUGUGGAGGCAGAUUUGCUUACUUAUACUGCAGUGAUUGAGAGCCUGGGAAAUUCAGGAAAUGUUGAGGAGGCAUUGAGAUUCUUUGAUGAGAUGAAGGCGAGGCAGAUUCGUCCUUCCCUGUAUGUUUAUCAGUCGCUGAUCACGAACCUGAAGAAGAUGGGGAAGGUGGACUUGGCAUUGAGUUUAACAGAGGAGAUGAAUUCGUGUGAUUCGGAGCUUGCUGGUCCAAUGGAUUUCAAACGUAAUAAACGAUUGUAAGUAGUUAGAAGCUGGAGAUACCUUUUGGUUUUCAAUUUGUAGGUUAUUGUUAUUUCCACUGAUGUAGUUGUAUAGUGAUUUAAAUGUGCUAUUCAUUUUGUUUGCUCAGUUUUGAAAUGAUUUGUAUCAAACAUGAUUCGAAUUCAACAGUUUUCUUCGAGCAAA